AUGGGACUCUGGGAGAAGGCCCAGGUACAAUCUUCCAGCGAACGGGUAUCGGUGAGGCUCUGGUUCCAGUUGUGGAACAAGCACCUCUUCUCGGCGAAGGACUGGGUUGUGUCCCAAGAGAGACCUCCUGAGGGCAGUGGCCGUCAGCUCGGGGAUAUUAUCAUCGAAUAUCUGGGUGAAGACAAAGGCCUUACGGUGCUUGCUUUCCAUAAAGUAGAGCCACCGAAUGCGGGGCCUCAAGAUGUUGAAGAGGCCGAGGGACAGGCAUUUGAUGCUUGUAUGAGGUAUCUUGGAGAGCACCCCGCCUUGCAAUAUGUUUACACCUUUAUAUCAUUCGGAACGAAGGUUAGAGGAUGGCGAUGUGCUCGAGAUGACCAUCACCUAUUCCCUCUAUUCGGCUUCAAGGCGUUGGCUGAACGUACUCAGUACGUCGAGGUACACUUCUCAGAGGCUCAGCUGAUCAAACAAGCUGUCCAAAUGAUGAGAGCUUUGCCGUCAACUCUCUGA